CCAGAGCGAGAUCCAGAGUCCGAGCCCGACCUGGGGCCGGAGCCACAGUUGGAGCCCCAGGUCCCCGGAGGCCCGCACGCCACCGCCACAGAGCAGCCGGAGACCCGACCUGGCAUCCAGCGGGCAGAGCCGGCGCAGGAGCCCCGGCAUCUAAAGAGGCGCUCUGGGCAGCGGCCGGACAGUGUCCCCAAACGCCCCAGGGAGGACGAGCCUUCGGGGGAGCCCAUGGAGGCCGCUGCCUGCCCCACCACGGAGGAGCCGGGGCAGGCCCUGGAGGAGCAGCUGCCCUGGGAGGAGGAGGCGCACGCCCAGAAGGGGGCCGGAAUUGAGGCCAUGUAG